AUGUUGGAUCAGCCAGGGCUGGGUUUUGAAAGGAGUAACUUUCGGGACGAAUCUUCAAGUCACGAGUGCAACCAGCGCAUGAUUCUCCUCUACGGCGUGGGUAAGGAGCGGGACGAAGCGAGGCAUCAGCUGAAGAAGAUUACCAAAGACAUCCUCAAAAUUCUGAACAAGAAGAGCACUACAGAGAUGGCUGUUGGGGAUGAAGGGCAGAAAGCCAGGAAGAGCAAACAAGAAGCAUUUCCAACCCUCGAGACCGUGUUCACAAAACUUCAGCAGCUGUCCUAUUUCGACCAACAUCAGGUGACAUCUCAGAUCUCCAGUAACGUUCUCGAGCAGAUAACCAGCUUUGCCUCAGGAACCUCAUAUCAUCUUCCCUUGGCUCACCACAUACAGCUCAUCUUUGAUCUCAUGGAGCCAGCCCUGAACAUCAACGGGCUGAUAGACUUUGCCAUACAGCUGCUGAAUGAGCUGAGCGUGGUGGAGGCAGAGCUGCUGCUGAAGUCGUCCAGCCUGGCAGGGACAAGAAGUGCGUUUAGGUUUGGGCGGUGGGACCCGCCGUCGCGCUGCUGUUGGGAGGCUGGAGGCGACCUCGGCAGCGCCUGUUCUAAGGUGAAGCAGACGAUAUACGGCAACGUUCAGCCUUCAAAUUCCAAUUUGCUGUGGGACCCAGAGUUCAUGCUUGAUUUUAUCGAGAACCCUUCUGCUCACAGCGUUAACUAUGCGAUGCUGGGCAAGAUCCUGAGCGACAACGCAGCCAACCGCUACAGCUUCGUCUGCAACGCGCUGAUGAACGUCUGCAUGGGGCACCAGGACGCGGGAAGGAUUAAUGACAUAGCAAACCUUUGCGCAGAGCUGACGGCGUGCUGCACGGUGCUGAGCUCAGAGUGGUUAGGGGUUGUGAAAGCUCUUUGCUGCUCUUCAAAUCACGUCUGGGGUUUCAAUGACCUGCUCUGCAGCGUGGAUGUGAGUGACCUGUCGUUCCACGAUUCCCUGGCCACCUUCAUCGCCAUACUGAUCGCCCGGCAGUGCUUCUCCCUGGAGGAUGUGGUUCAGCACGUGGCGCUGCCUUCUCUUCUUGCAGCUGCCUGCGGAGACCCAGACGCCGAGCCCGGGGCGAGGAUGACCUGCCGGCUCCUCCUGCACCUCUUCAGGACACCCCAGGCCUGCCCCUUUGCCCAGGGAGCCGGGAAGUUAUUUCCUGGAAUUCGUUCUUCUUGCGAUCGUCACCUCUUGGCGGCUGCUCACAACAGCAUAGAAGUGGGAGCUGUGUUUGCAGUCUUAAAAGCGAUUCUGAUGCUUGGGGACGCCGAGAUCGGCAGCAGCAACGUCGGCUCCGUGAAGAGCGAAGACUUCCACGUGAGAAGCUUGUUAGAUGAGCUCAAUGAGGAUGAAGUCUGGGCUUCCUCGCAUGCUCUGAAAUCCUGUGGAAAAGCCGUGUCCAUAGAAACGGCCAGUUUAAGCGAGUACGCGAGAUACGUGCUAAGAACGAUUUGCCAGCAGGAAUGGGUUGGAGAGCACUGCUUAAAAGAACCCGAGAGGCUGUGCACAGACAAAGAUCUUAUUUUGGAUCCCGUGCUUUCAAACAAACAAGCACAGAAACUCCUUCAACUUAUCUGUUAUCCUCAUGGUGUUAAAGAGUGCACCGAGGGCGACAACCCUCAGAGGCAGCACAUCAAACACAUACUGCAGAACCUAGAUCAGUGGACUCUCCGGCAGUCUUGGUUGGAGCUGCAGCUAAUGAUCAAACAGUGCAUGAAGGAGCCUGGUUCUGGGUCUGUGGCUGAAAUGAACAGCUUGUUGGAUAAUAUCGCAAAGGCGACAAUAGAGGUGUUUCAGCAAUCCGCUGAUCUAAACAAUAACUCUUCUAACUCUGGUAUAGGCCUCUUCAGUCCAAACUCUGUUGGAAAUGCUGACACAAGUAAUACAAGACAGAAUGGUAAAAAGACAUUCCUAAGUUCCUCGGAGCGGCGAGGAGUGUGGCUGGUGGCUCCCCUGAUUGCCAAACUGCCUACCUCGGUUCAAGGUAGGGUCUUGAAAGCUGCGGGAGAGGAGCUGGAGAAAGGUCAGCAUUUGGGAUCAUCCUCUAAGAAGGAGAGAGAUAGACAGAAACAGAAAAGCAUGUCUCUGCUGAGUCAGCAGCCUUUCCUUUCAUUGGUACUGACUUGCCUGAAGGGGCAGGAUGAGCAGCGGGAAGGGCUUCUCACAUCCCUGCAGAAUCAAGUUAAUCAG